AGUUACUAUUAUUAGAAGAAUAGCAAGUUGUAUAUUUUUAUACAGUUGCCAAGGCACAACCAAAUACUACACUACACCUCGCAUAUAUCAAUCAGAACCAUCUUGGACCAUACAACCUCAAGCAAUAUAAACUCUCUCUCUCUCUCUCUCUCUCAUUAUUAUUCCUUUUACAGAUAGAUGGAUCAUAUAUAUUGAUAGGUAUAGAAAGAGAUUGAUAUAUAUAUAUAUAUAUAUAUAUAUAUUAUACAUGCUCAUUUAUCAUCACCCUAUUGCACAAACCAAUUCGCAAUAUCAUCACAAAGUCUUUUUCUUUUCUUUUUUUUUUUUUUUUUUUUUUGCUUUUUAGAGCUUUUGUGUGUGAAUUUGGAGAUGGGUUUGAGUACAAAACUGGUUUCUGGUGACUAUGAGCUGGAUUGUGGGCAGACCUUGUUGCAGUCCGGAACUAUGGAGAUGCUGAAAGCUAAUCCGGUGAGGCGACAACCGCGACAACAAUCAGAGGCAGUGGCAUGUCCGAGGUGUAGCUCUACAAACACAAAAUUCUGUUACUACAACAAUUACAACAAGUCGCAGCCUCGCCAUUUCUGCAGAGCUUGCAAGAGGCACUGGACUAAAGGUGGCGCUCUUCGCGACAUCCCCGUUGGUGGGGCUCACAAAAAUAAGCGGCACAAGAAAUCAAACACCACCACCACCGCCACUGUCACCACCACGGCCAGUAGUACUAUUUCGACAGCCGUGAUCAAAAGUAAUAAUACCCAUAUGGGUGGUGAUCGGAGUUUUUGUGGCAACUUUACAUGUUCGAGCGGUUUAUUGGUACCUCAAAAUCAGAAUUUACACUUUCCUUUUGAAAGCUCGAGCUAUGUUGACACCAACCCAUCUUUAGUUUCAACCUAUUUUCAGUCCUUGAAUGGUUACAACAGCUCUGGAGAGUUGAAAACUGUGGAGGAGAGCAUGCCAAGAACAAGCAGCAUUAUUUCUCAGCCAUGGCAGGUUUCUUCUACAAGCAGUGUCAUGGACAUGCCAAGCUAUUGGAAUUGGGAUGAUAUUGGUACACUGGUCUCUACUGAUCUCAACAUAGCAUGGGAUGAUCAUACUGAUUUCAAACCCUAAGGGAAAUUUUGAUGAUUUCAUUAGCAGAGAUCAGUUUGUGUGAAUGGUAUGUUUUUAUAUAUAUAUAUGAUGGGUUGCUUCUUUUCUUUA